AAUAUCCUAAUAUACCAGAAACAGCUAGAAUACCUUUAAAAUCUUGUACCUGUGACGGAUUCAUAUAAUUUACAUUGCAUGGUAUACUACUGUUAUAAUAUGUUAAUCUACGCAAAUGAUCAGUUGGAGUUUUAAACUAAAGGGAUAUUUUAAUGGAUAAUCCAGCCGGACCUCAAGUACAAUAUAAAAGCAGUGACACGGAGACUGUUUACUCUAACGCUCAUCUGUUUGGCAAUAGUUCGAACACCAAAAUGAAAACUCGAGCACUGUAUACUGCAGUCGUCAUUCUUGUUGUGGUCGUUGUAGCUUUAGCCAUUGCCCUGGCACUUGUAGCAACAGAUAAUCAACAAGAUCAACAAGACAACGACGCUACGUCAUCCGGACAGACAGGGGGAGGUAACUCUGAUUGGCCGGUACCCGACUGCUCGUACGCCGUCACAAACCUGGACAAAGCCAAAUGCGUUCUUGACAGCUACCCUCUUGUGGAUGGUCAUAAUGAUCUACCGUACCGAUACCGAAAGUUUGCCAAUGCGUCGGUAUACACCGUGGACUUGAGAGAUGACCUUAGGGUCGUGUGGAACACAUCAUUAUCCCAUACAGACAUUCCACGCUUAAGAAAGGGAAAAUUGGGAGCACAGUUUUGGGCAUGCUAUGUUCCAUGCGCUUCCCAAUACAAAGAUGCCAUCAGAUUGUCCCUGGAGCAAUUGGACGUCAUUAAGAAAUACGUCACAAAGUACCCGGAUACGUUUCAGUUUGUAACCACGGCUCAAGGAAUAUUAGAUGCAUUUAAAGCAGGGAAAGUCGGGAGCAUGGUCGGAUUAGAAGGGGGUCACUCUAUAGACAGCAGCCUCGGAACUCUACGAAUGUUUUACGACCUUGGUGUGCGAUAUAUGACCGUAACACACAGCUGUAAUACACCUUGGGCUGACAACUGGAUAGCAGAUACUACCAAUUAUAAUGUCACCAAAGACGGAGAAAAGCACGAUGGACUUACAGACUUUGGAAAAAAAGUUAUAUUGGAGAUGAACCGACUUGGCAUGCUCGUAGAUCUUUCUCAUGUUGCAAAGCAAACCAUGAUAGACGCGCUAACAAUUGCCAAGGCCCCUGUAAUCUACAGUCAUUCGUCAGCAUUUAAAAUCUGUAAUCACUACAGAAACGUUCAGGAUGAUGUUCUCCAAAUGACGAAAAGCAACGGUGGAGUUGUGAUGGUGAAUUUCUAUGACUUGUACAUCAACUGUCCACCAGAUAACACUUCAGUCGCAACAUUGUCACAAGUGGCAGAUCAUAUAGACUACAUUAAAAACUUGAUAGGUGUGGACUAUGUUGCAAUAGGGGCAGACUACGACGGUAUUCCAUCACUGCCCAAGGAUCUAGAGGACGUGUCUACGUACCCGGCAUUGUUCGCUGAGCUCAUUAGACGCGGCUGGGGAAUGGAGGACCUGCAGAAAUUGGCGGGAAAAAACCUUGUCAGAGCGUUCAUGCAAGCUGAAAAGGUCCGCGAUGAGAUGUCAUACAUGGAUCCAUACGAAGAUAUUCUUCCAGAAAAUGAAAGAUGGCCGCAAAACAAGUGUCGAACAGACUUUUAAUGUAAAAACUAAAAGAAUCUCAGUUACUCAGAACUAGAAACCAAUGUAGACAGUCUAGGGGAUAUGCUACGUCAUUGUGAUUUUGGACUGCUAAGACGUUAGGAAAUUGUGAAUUUGAACUGCCACCGCGAUACAUUUUUUGAUACGAUAAAGGUGUUAAAAUUGCAUUUAUUAAACCGACUUUGGGCCAAAAGCAGGCGCGUGUCCCAUACACGAAAAAACCAACAUAGUGGCUUUGCGACCAACAUGGAUCCAGACCAGCCUGCGCAUCCGCGCAGUCUGGUCAGGAUCCAUAUUGUUCGCUUUCAAAGCCUAUUGCAAUUAAAGAAAACGUUAGUGAACAGCAUGGAACCUGACCAGACAGCGCGGAUGCGCAGGCUGGUCUGGAUCCAUGCUGGUCGCAAAGCCACUAUGUUGGUUUUCUCAUGGCGCGGCUCUUUCACAACAUUACAACUCCAUAUUGCUCUCUCAUAAUUAAUCUGUUAAUGUUACAUUUACACGUGCAGGGUUUUCACGUGCAUUAACAACCAAAAAUGUUAUUAUUACAACUCGAAAUAAACCUAUUUCUGACAUGAGUUUCCAACAUUUAGAAUCUUAUAUGAUUUACUCCCAUCGGAAAAAGCCAUCAAAGUUUGAACGGAAAUUAUAAUCUUCGAAUGGGAAAUGUUCAAGUAAGAAAUUGAGUGGCCACACUGCAGAUAAUCACGCACUGAAAAAACACACACACACACACACUACAAUAUGUAUGAGCCGCACCAUGAGAAAACCAACAUAAUGCGUUUUGAAAGCGAACAGCACGGAUCCUGACAAGACUGCGCGGAUGCGCAGGCUGGUCUGGAUCCAUGCUGGUCGCAAAGCUACUAUGUUGGGUUUCUCAUGGCGCGGCUCAUUCGCUGACACAUGUGCAUGACGUAUAUGCGGUAUGUUUUAUUCGGACGCAUAUUGUUUUCUUUGUGUUGUUAUAAUUAUACUUUUUGUCCAGAACGUUUUUAGAUAUUUCGAAAAUCCAAGUUUUUAUUCUUGUUUCUUUAUAUAUGUUUAUAUUGUUAACAGAUAAUUUUGAGCAGUGCAACAUAUAAUGUUAUAUUUGUCAAAGAGGAAGAGAAACGUUGUAUUCUCACAACUGACAGUGUUCUUUUACUUCUGCGUACGUUUUUACAUGUUAUAGUUGUUUUUGUAUCCUCGACCCAGUCUUUGUUAAAAAAUGCAUUUAUCAUUUUUAAGACUUUAUUUUAGCUUAAUUAAUUGCGACCAUAUGGCUUUACAUUUUAUGCUGAAAACAGAUGAAACAGUUGUCCAAAUAGAUGUUAAGCAUAAAUAAAUGGUUAGAAAAGUGCUACUUUUAAUGCUGCAUAUGAACUUUUACAGUUAUAGCUAUAAAGGGAAUAGAUUCAAUAUAACUUCCUAUUAUAACGGAAAAUGUGGCUGUCAUAUUUUAAACAAAGGCAUUAUUACCCAUUAAAUUUUUUAUGAAUCACUGUUGAGUCCGCUAAGUGGAAAACAGUGGAACUCGAACCCAAGCCUUGAUUGAGAGGUCGACACCUUACGCGUUAUAUCACCGCUUCUUUUUAUCUUUUUAGGAAUAUAAAUCACGUCGUCUCUAGAUUUCUUAAGCCCCCACUCACCAACUCACCCCCCCCCCCCCCCCCACAAUUAACUUGUUUUUGAAUGCAUUGAGUAAUUUUGUAAACUAAAAUCUCCCCCCCCCCCCCCCCCCCACCCCACCCACCACAAUUAACUUGUUUUUGAAUGAAUUGAGUAAUUUUGUAAACUAAAAUGUUUCCGAAACUCUGAUUUGACAUUAAUGAAAGACACUAAAAUCAGAAAAAAAUUCACCUUUAACCUCAAGUUGUCCGGUAUAGUUUUACGUUGUUUGAUAUGUUUUUUUUUUUAACUUUUAAAGUUGCUUAAUUUGAUUUUAGUAUCUAGUAAUGAAUUUGUUUGAAUUUUUUACCCUGACAUCUCCGGCAUUAUUUACAUUUAUUUAGGACCGCCGCGAAGUUAGGGCUUAAUACAUGUUAGAUUUACGUUAGAGGUAUUUUUGAAGAUUCAUUUUUCAUAUACUGGUGCCCCGCUAAGGCAGGUCUAUUUAACCAGAAAAAUUAUUUUACAUAAGACAUGUUUAUUACAUUUGUCGAAUAUUUACAUAUUUACAAUUAAAAUUAUAAUAUACUGUACGAAAGGUGAAAUAUGUCAAAAUGUAGCUUAAUUGUGAUUGACCACGUUUAAAGUUCAUACCAAAGAUACAGGCUUUGAAUUUUUAGACAUUACUUUAACGUUAUGUUUCUGUGUUAUUUACAGUUUUGUGUUUAUUAAACAGAUUUUUAAAAA